AUGCGAGCGGUUCUGCGGCGCACACCGACGCAACCGAUCGUUUAUGUGGAAGGGGACUCGGCGUAUAUUUUUUUCAAUAAAAGGGUCUACGCCUGCGAAAUUCCAACCGAGAUGGCUCUCGAGUACUUUCCUAUCGCAAAUGAUCCAAAAAUUCUUGUGUGUUUGCUAGUAUUCGUGAACCAUGAUUCAAGCAAAGGGACCGACCCACCAAUCGAUCUAUACAAGGGAAACAGGGUAAUAAUUCAAGCCUCUUCUCCCAGCCCCAUCCCCGAACACUCGUCCUGGAUUAGAAAGGUCAACUACCAUUGCACCAGAAUCGUUAUUCCAAGAUGGACAAGGAGGGAACUCAUUGACAAUUUUCGUAAAGCAGGCGUUCGUAAUGACGAAUUCAUAAAACGCCUAAUGGAUAGCAUCAGAAAUGGGAUUGAGGUUGAUUACCGGGGCGUCCACCAAGCCAAGCUUGUCCUCAAGCAAAAAAUCAGCAAAGCGAGCUCGAAAGCAUUAACCUUUGAUGAGAAUAACCCUGGAGUACGUGCGACGAUUCAAAAGCUUUCAGCUUGUUCAUUAGAUCAGUUGGACGAGGAGUGCAUCCUGUCCACGUUGAUCGACGAUGCCGUCCAUCAUGUUGGUUUGGUGCCGCGGGAUGUUUAUGCAUAUGUUUUACGAGUGCACAACGACUAUGCUAUGCAGGAGGCUUUAUGGAAGUGUAAUUGGGAGGACAUGGCUGCAACUCUGGAGCUCUUCAAGUUCACCUACUACCUCGACAGCAAUACAAGCUAG